AUGAGAAACAAAGUAGAAAAGGAAUCUGCGUUUUUCGAUCUCGAACGGAAUCCGAAUAAAAGUGAAGUAGAUUCCUUUGAAUCGCUCUACGAUGCCUUAAGAUAUGUUGGUUUAACAUCUGGUCUUCAUAUCAAUGAAACAGUAACAUUACCACCGUUGCAAUCAAAAUGGUCAUCAACAAUAAAUAUUCUUCCGCUUGGCUUAGGUUGUAUUGGCUUAGUUUUCAAUAUUCUUGCCUUAUUAAUAUUCUCAACAUCUAAAACAUUUCGAAAAACUUCAUUUCGUUUUUACAUCUAUGCAUUUGCACUUGUUAAUUGUGCAAGCGUUUUAACCCAUUCAUGGCUUUAUCUCAUAUUUUAUCUUGUUGAUCCAAAACAAUUCUGUAAAUUUUUACAAUAUUUUCAACAAUCAACAGCAACAACAUCCCUUUGGAUUAUGACUCUGUUAACGCUGGAACGUUCAUUGACAUUGUCAUUGCCAUAUACAGUUAAAAGAUUUUUACAAACUCGUACAACUUGUUUUAUGCUUAUAUUGGUAACAGUUCUAUGUUUUGCAUUGCAUAUCGAUGAAAUCAUAUCGGUUGAUGUCAAAGCAUUUCGUUGGGUUAAUUUUGCAUAUGGUAUUUGUUCAGUUAAAAGACAUUUUCAUUUACUAACGGAACGCAUUAAAAUAGUUACACAUGCGAAUUCUUUUAUGUUACCAUUUUUAUUUAAUUCAAUACUUGACAUUUAUAUAUGUUACAAAAUAUGUGAACGGCGUAAAAUUCUAUUAGCUCAAUCAUCAAUAGUGUCAACAACAAGCGUGUAUAAUAAAAGAAAAUAUCGACGAUUUAAAAAAUCUUUAGCGCAUGAAAUAACAUUAAGUUUGUUAUGUCAAUCACUUUGGUUGUUAUUCACUUAUUUUCCUACGCAUCUCUAUUAUUUUUUAAUAUCAUUUAAAGUAAUUAAUGAUCAUGAUCGUGAUAAUUCAACAUUUAAUUUUUUAACGAGACAAAAUCUACUCAUAUAUUUAGCGUUUUCACCAGCACUCUAUGUUAUAUUAAGUCCAACAUUACGUAACGAAAUUCAUUCCUAUUUAAGUCAAUUAUAUCGUCAACAUCGAUCAUUCAGUUUAUCCACUACUGCAAAUCCUCAAAAAAAGCUUCGAAGCGCUUCCUGCAAUAUAUAUCAUCAACAAAAACGAUAUUCCGAAAGAUUUUCACAAAUAAAUUCAACCUUUUCAAAGACGAAAUGUAAACACAUACGUGGUAAAUUCUUAUCUAAAUCAAUAGCCCUACCAUUUACAUUAAAAUAUGAAUCAAAAAGUGUACCAUGCUUAACUAUUUACAAUAAUCAACAGGACUAUGAUCAAGAUGGCAAGAUCGAACGGUCGAAUACCAGUGACGCAUUUAGGACUCGCCCCUCUCGUGAAAAAAUAACUGAAAAUUUCCACUUAUUGUAA